CCUCCUCAGAGUGUAAUAUUUAUGAAGGUUUAUGUGUCUAGUUGACAAAAAGCACGAUUUACAUAGGUAACUAGAGAUUAUUCAACACGGUAAAAAGAUAGUUCAACUUACGUACCAAUUUAACCAGCUCGCUUAUCCUUUCUUCUUAUUAUGAACGUCAAUGACGCACAAUAUCCAAAAAUCGUUCGUCUGGUCCGGGUAAACCGAAUAGAUCCAACAGGGAGGUAAUAUUUUGGAUGAUCAAGACUCUUUCUGCCGGCUCGAUAUUAACACGUCGUCCGUCGCAGAAAUUUGAACUGUGCGCCUUUAUGGAAAUGGAAUACGACAUCUGUCAGACCUUCUCGUAUAUUAUCGCUUGUAUCUGUUUUUCCCUAUAAGAUUGACCUUACUAUGCACUUCGGAGGUUUUUGCGGCUUCAUAGCCCUCAUCGGGACAGCUGCUGGGUCAACAACAUCAAAGGGAGUUUGUUUACUUUUGAAUCCAUUACAAAAGUUCGAUGACGAGAUAUGUGCUAGUUCGGAUCUAGUGCGAGAUUCUAGGCCGGACGGGUCUCCGGAGGUCCUUCGAGGGACUCACCAUUCUGCCCCGCCAAAAGCCGCAUGGGAGGGACCAGAGGAUUGUGUGAAUGAGACGUGUAUCUUCUCAAACAAGGCGCUAGGGGAUGGUAGUAUACUUAUCACGACGGAAAGAAACGCGCGCAUUGCAGCCAACUUCCCAAUAGUAGCUGGCACUACGGCGGCCGCUCUGCCUUUCCACAUAGAAAAAGUCAAGGGAAAAGGAAUUGGUAUCUUUGCCGAUAGGAAAAUACGUAAAGGAGAGGUCAUUCUAGUGCGGCCUCCGACACUAAUGGUUCAGACUUCUCCGCACGUGGAAAUGGAACGGGCAACUCUGGAUGCACUCUACAGCCUAGCGGUGGAGAAGCUCCCUAGAAAAGGACAAGAACUUUUCAUGGGUCAGAUGGGCCGAGAUAUCUAUGAUAAAAUUGAGACGAACUGCUUUCAGUUAUAUGUUGACGGUUCAAGGGAGUCCGGUAGUCACCUGGGAUGCUACCCAGAGGUAUCCCGGUUUAAUCAUGACUGUAGACCAAAUAUCCACUACCGCAUAACUAACAUGACUCAUACCACGGUUGCCGCCCGUGAUAUCCUGCCGGGCGAAGAGCUGAGCGUCAGUUACAUCGACUUAAUGCUUCCUCGAGAAGAACGUCGCUCUCGCUUAAGGGGGUGGGGAUUCGACUGUUCUUGCUCACACUGCAGUAUGAGCGACGACGAGGCCGCGGCCUCAGACGCGAGACUCUUGAAAAUCGAGGAGCUGGAGACCGCUCUUGAGAACUUCAACGAGACAGUCGUGACUGCAGAGACAGGGGCGCAAUUGGUAGAACUCUAUGAGAAGGAGAGGCUAGACAUAUACCUUGGUCAAGUUUACACACGAGCGGCAUUAAACUUUGCUCUUUUCGGGGAGGAGGAAAAGGCGCGGAAGUAUGCGCUCGCUGCGGUGGAAGCAGUCGAAAGAGAGUCGGGCCAGAACGCCAGCGACGCAAAGGCUAUGAGAACCCUAGCGGAAAACCCGACAGCACAUUGGACUUGGGGAAGACGGAGGAAAGGGAUAUCUAGCAAAAGACACUGACACUAUUAUAUCAUACGGGGGGGCUGGAACUCUUACUUAUAGCCAUUACAUCAUCUUGACUCCAGAUACACUCGUUAAGCAACUCGUCGUUCACAGAAAAUGUCUUUACAAUACCAUUUUAGAACCGUACACGUGGUGGCAACGAACGCACCGAAUGUCCUUCAUGCUAAGGUAGAGUAACA